AGUGAAAAAAGAAAAAAAUAUUUCUUCCAAGAGGUUCAGAAUCAAAUUUUAGUUUACGUCUGAAUGCGGACGAAUUAAGUGUUUAUAAAAACUAAAGUGGAUACCGAAUUUGUUUUCCUUCAUUUUAACAAUCCAGAACUUCACCCUAAAGAGAUGGGUGCACAACCGGAACAAGAGCUUUUUCUCUACGACCCAUCGUUAUUGUUAAAGCUUGAUUUCUAUCGUUCACCAGCGAAAUUUAAUCCACCAAUAACUGCGGUUGCUCCCGGUGAGCCAUGGCUGAAAGUACGUCCCUUAAAAACAGGUGACUACCGUCGAGGUUUCUUGCAAAGUCUUUCACAAUUGACCAAUGUUGGUGAAAUUUCUGAAGCUCAGUUUUUAAAUCGAUUUGCAGAAAUGCGAGCAAAAGGCGAUUAUUACGUGACUGUCAUUGAAGAUCUGAGAUCGAAUAAAAUUAUUGGUAGUGCAACUUUAGUCAUUGAAAGGAAAUUUAUUCAUUCUUGCGGCAUUCGCGCUCAUCUCGAAGAUGUUGUAGUUGAUGAUACGUAUCGUGGAAAGCAAUUGGGAAAAUUAAUUGUGGUUACUGUUACGCUUCUUGCUGAAGUUCUUGGAUGUUAUAAAAUGAGUCUCGAAUGUAAGGAUAAGUUGAUUCCAUUCUAUCGUUCGAUUGGAUAUGUUGAUGAAAAAGGAAACUCAAACUCGAUGACACUUCGCUAUGCAAAUCAGAAUCGCUUAUGACAAUUAGCCGCCGGUGUUUCAGCGAAAUUGUAGAUUCAGGAAAACAGAAAGAAAUUCCAACAAAGAAAAUGAUGAUAUUUUCAUGCAUAACUUCUUCGGCAUCUCUCAAAAUCUUUUUAUAUGUUUUCAAAUCUCCUUUUUCUUUAUUUCCAACAGUCAAUCUUAAGGUGUGAAAAAAUUAUCAUUUCUUAUAAUUUUCUUUUAGUUUUUCUGUUGAAUUCUGCAGUUUCUCGAUUUCUCUUUUCUUCUUCCACAACACCUACAUGAAUAAGUGUCAUAUCAUGAUUUUGACUUUCAAUAUUAAACAUCUGUACGAAUUGUAAUUGUGAAAGAAGAAAUGAGAAAUAUUGGAACACUGGUACAUAAAAUGUUUUACUGGUAUAUGAUGCUGGUAACUGAUACAGAAAUGUGUAUCAAAUAUAAAAUUUUUUUGACAUUAUUUACAAAUAUAUUUGGUGUUGGUAUCUCGAUGAGUAUGUUAAUAUUGCCAUUUUACUUAAUAAAAUAAUGUUCCAAAUGUAUAAAAAAA